CGCUGAUGCGCGUACGUGGGGGGCGUGUCGCUAGUUACCAUGGUAACAAGAGCUCUUGGUGGGGACGCUGACACUCUGGCUCCCCGGAGGAUCUCUGUGAGGAGGGCUCUGCAACGGCCGGGUCAUCGUUUAAGGGCCCUCCCAUGGCUUCCCAGGAGAGGGUGGACUCAGUGACCAAAGGAACCGGGUUCCGCCGUUGCCAUAAGCAAGCAGCUUACACGCCGGAGACCUGUGAGCUGCUCAGAGUGAUGAUGAAGGAGUCCAAACUGACAAACUUCCAGCAACGCCACAUCAUGGACACCAUGAAAAGAGGAGCCCCUCUGCCCCUGCAGUGCAACCCGACAUCCAGCCAGAGGGGCUCUCCCUCCAAGAAGGUAGCCUCAGCCGUCUACCUGCCUCCCAUCCUGGCCACCCACUCUCACCUCAGGCCCGCCAGCUUGUGUCAAGCCAAUGGGGCAUACAGUCGCGAGCAAUUCAAGCCUCAGGCCACCAGAGAUCUGGAGAAAGAGAAACGAAGACUCCAAAAUAUCUUUGCCACUGGGAAGGACAUGGAGGAACGGAAAAAGGUUCCCCACGUGCGGCAAGAGGACCCAGCUCCAGAGCUGGACCGGUUUGAUGAAUUGGUGAAGGAAAUCCAGGACAGGAAAGAAUUCUUGGCUGCCAUGGAGGCUCUGGGACAGAGCAAGCAAUACCGAGGAAUCAUCCUGGCUGAAAUCUCCCAGAACCUGUCCAGCACAGAUGGGAUCUAACUGCUGUCUGCAACUUUCCAGAAGAAAGGGGAAACAAGGUUCCUGAGCAGCCUGCAGCCAGCGCUAACCUUCAGGACUGCAGUGUGAAAACUCAAGUUCACCAAGACAAGUAGCCCACUCAGGCCUAAAGGUCACCUUUAUGGCUUCCACCAAACAGAGACUAUGGGGAAAAAUGUAAAUGGAGGAAUCCUUACUGAAAUGGCACUGGCAGAUGCCACAGUUCCUUUCAAGUGUCCCUGAGGCCCUAGCCUGAAGGUCAAGCAGCACCUGAUAAGGAAAGCAGUCCUGCUCAACACCUAUUCCACCACCUAGUACACCCCACCUGGUGCACCACCUGCUCCCCACCUGGUACACCCACUCCCCACCUGGUACACCCACUCCCCACCUGGUGCACUACCUGCUCCCCAGCUGGUACAUCCACUCCCCACCUGGUGCACCACCUGCUCCCCACCUGGUACACCCACUCCCCACCUGGUGCACCACCUGCUCCACAGCUGGUACACUGCACAUCAGUGUCCCUUCUUUAGGCUAUUGACACUGAGCAGCCUGACCUUCACCAAUAUUGUCAUUUUUCUGUCCCCAUAAAUGAAAAUAUUUCCUGCACCUGCCAGAAGUUCCCCAUAAUUCUAAUAGAACAUAUGAUCUGUGUUCUUGUCAUAGAAUAAACAUGUCUACUAUG